CAAAAAAAAAAAAAGAGUGAGACAGGUUUUUCCUCUUCAGUGGGCAUAAAUUAUACUGCUGUCUAACAGAAAGAGAAAGAUAGGAGGGGAGAAAGCAAAUCACAUUCAACGAGAACCAUAGAUCCUGUUCAGCAUUUCUAUACUCCUUCUCCAGGUUUUCAGUGUGGCUGUGUUUCAGUAGAUCAGUCAGAGCGUGUGUGUGUGUGUGUCUCCUGCGCUGUGCUGCAGUAGAGAGCCCUUCGCUCAGCCAAAUGCUACUUCUCUGUGGAGGGCAUUGCAUCCUCCGUGCCUUUUUUUAGUUUUUCUUUUCUCACGUUUUUUUAAAUCAUGCUUGGAGUGCCUGAAUGAAAGCGGACGGAUUGAGGGGCAAAGGACGAGACUAUGUGUGUGACAGAAGAGCAAAGCGUGCUGCAGUGAGUCAAACAGAAAAGAGUGAGAGCUCUCCACACCCAUGACCGUGUGCCUGUUUGUGAUCGAGUUAGACACAGCCAAACGGACUCGUUCAUCACCUGACAGAGUCACAGUGCACAUUGUGUGGUGAGACCAAAGGUCUUCUUCAAUCAAGAUGGACAUGGGGAUCAUUAUGGUGUGUGCUGACCUGAGCUAAAGAUCUCCUUAUGGAUCAGCUAGAUUCAUGGUCUCCGCCGCCAUACUUCGAUGAAGACAGCUACCUCCCCCUUCCCAGGAAUAUGAAAGGUUUAUCAAGCGGUCGUCCUCAGCUCACGUUCACAUCAGGUCACAUCUGUGGGCUGCCAGACUGCGAUCAGUCCCUUGACCACUUGCAGCAUGUCGGCUCUGAUUCCCGCACUCCCUACUUGCUCAGUCCGACGGAGAGCUACCCUCUGGAUCCACACCGCUGCUCGCCCCGCAGCUCCAUCCACUCGGAGUGCAUGGUGAUUCCAGUUUCUAUGGCAUCUGACUAUGUUUCCAGCAGCACCUUUCCCAGAAUGCACUACAGUUCACACCACGAUGGCUCGAGAGACGAAGGCUCCACUCCUCACGGCAGCGGCAGCGGCGGCGGCGGCGGUGGCGGGGGCGGUGGCGGCGGCAGCGGAGGUGGCAGUGGAGGGAUCGGAGGUGGCGGUGGGGGCAGUGGUUCUGGGAAGAUGAAUCGUAUUCCUGCGAACCUCCUGGACCAGUUCGAGAAGCAGUUGCCGAUUCAUAGAGAUGGUUUUCACACGCUGCAGUACCAGCGCACGUCCGCAACCACCACAAGCAACGAGCAGCGCAACGAGAGUCCCGGGCGUAUCCGCCACCUGGUGCACUCCGUCCAGAAGCUCUUCACCAAAUCCCACUCACUCGAGGGAUCGUCCAAAAUGAACGGCACCAAGGGAGACUCUCGCUCAGACAGCGGACACCACCACCACCAUCACGGCCAUCACCAUGGGAACCACAAACACAGCAAACGGAGUAAGAGCAAGGAACGCAAGUCAGACUCCAAGCAACGCUCAGGGAUAGCAGGCUGGUGGAGUUCUGAUGACAACCUGGACAGUGACAGCACCUACCGGACUCCCAGCAUCAUGAGCCGCCACCACGGAGAUCAUAUCACUCACUGUUACCCGGACACAGGCCAUGGCCACUUUGGUGACCUUUCACUCAAGACCUCCAAGAGCAACAACGAUGUAAAAUGUUCGGCAUGCGAUAGCAUCUCUAUGGCCCCUGAGGGCAAAUUUAUGAAGCGCAGCUCCUGGUCGACGCUGACUGUCAGCCAGGCUAAAGAAGCCUACCGCAAAUCUUCCCUCAACCUGGAGAAACCAACCAUGCCUCAAGAUCUGAAGUCCUCCAUGAGGCCUUGUAAUUAUUUGCAGGUCCCUCAGGAUGAAUGGGGAGGGAGAGAUGAGGAGAUCCCAUGCAGAAGGAUGCGGAGCAGCAGUUAUGUUAAAGCCAUGGGUGAUCAGGACAGUGGAGACUCUGAUGGCAGUCCCAAAAACUCCCCACAGAAAAGUGUGCGACCCAAUGCUCUUGUCAGAUCCGUGCUGCAGAGACAACUUUCAGAUCAGAGCUCAUAUCGUUUGGACAAGUCAAGCCGAGACAUGGUCAAAUACCUCACCAAUAUCACUGCAGAUUUAAGUCAAAGCUACCAUCUUCAUACCUCUAGGGAAAUCCAUCCCAGCAUUACACUGGAACCGUCUCCCAACUACAGCUCGCCGAAGUUCCGCUCCAGGAACCAGAGCUACAUGAGAGCGGUCAGCACCCUGAGUCAGGCCAGCUGCGUCAGCCAGGUCAGCCAGGUGAGUGAGACUGAGGUUAAUGGGCAGUUUGAGUCGGUGUGUGAAUCUGUGUUCAGCGAGGUGGAGUCUCAGGCCAUGGAUGCUUUGGACCUGCCGGGCUGCUUCAGGACACGCAGCCACAGUUACGUACGAGCCAUCCAGGCCGGAUUCUCACAGGACGAUGACUGCGUCCCCUCCAUGACCUCAUCCACUGUCACCUCCACCAUCAGGUCAACCACAGGAAUUCAGUUCCAUCUCCCUUCUUCAGGCAGUGUGGACCGUCCUUCCCAGCAACCACCAGCGGUCACCUACACACCCAGUACACCCACCUAUAAGAGGACCCCUCCACCUGUGCCCCCUCGUUCCACCUCCAAACCUCUCAUCUCCAUCACAGCGCAGAGCAGCACAGAGUCCACACAGGACGCCUACCAUGAGGGACAACUGGCCAGAGGGGGCAUCUGGGGCUCUGAUGGGUUGAGUCUGAGUUUGGGUCGAGCGCUUUAUAACUCCACUGACAGUCUGGACAGUGCCAAGGCCGUCACUAUCGCCAUGGAAGCAGCUGCCAUGGCAAUGGCAGGAAAGAGACACCCCUCCACAGACAGCCAUAGCUCAGUGAUGACCUGUGAUAAAGCUGUGCUGGUGUCCAAAGCGGAAGAGUACCUAAAAACACCAAGGUCUUCGAUAGGAAUACAGGUGGAAGCAGCCACUGAUUCUGAGUGUGAAAGCAAAGGCUCUCGAGAGUAUCAUUCUGUUGGGAUUCAAGUGGAAGACGAGAGACGACAGGGCCGGUUUAAGCGGUCCAACAGUGUCACUGCUGCUGUUCAGGCUGAUCUGGAGUUGGAGGGUUUCCCUUUAAUGGAGGAUAAAGGUCUUCAGUUUGGCGGAGGUUUCCAGCGUCACAGCGAGCCCAGCACCCCUACGCAGUACGGCGCCGUUAGGACGGUCCGCACACAGGGUCUCUUCAGCUACCGCGAGGACUACCGCACCCCCACAGAGCCCCCAAGUCCCCAGCGAAGCCCUGAGCCCUGGCUGGAGCCCUCACCACGGGAACCCAUCGCCACCGUGGCGGUUACAGUGACGCCGCCCCAACCCACGGAUUCAGGAAGAGCGUCGCCCUCGUGCAGGAGGGACGGAAGCUGGUUCAUGCAAUUGCUGCACACAGAGACAAAAAAGAUGGAGGGAUGGUGCAAAGAGCUGGAGGGAGAGGCAGAAGAGAACGAUCUGUCAGAGGAAAUCCUAGGGAAGAUCCGGAGUGCUGUAGGAAGCGCACAGCUCCUGAUGUCCCAGAAAUUCCAGCAAUUUUAUUGGCUUUGCCAGCAGAAUCUAGACCCCAGCGCCAUGCCUCGGCCCACCUCUCAGGACCUGGCCGGGUUCUGGGACCUGCUGCAGCUGUCCAUCGAUGAUGUUACCUCCAAAUUCAAUGAGCUGCAGAAGAUUAAAUCCAAUGACUGGAGACUUAUUGAAAGUCCUGUGAAGAAGCUCCCGCCGCCAGUACCAAAGAAGACAUUGCGUAAGAGUGUGACAAGGGAAAAAUCUCUGGACCUCCCUGACCGUCAGAGACAGGAGGCACGACGGCGCCUCAUGGCAGCCAAACGUGCAGCUUCAUUCCGCCAAAACUCAGCAUCAGAGCGGGCCGACAGCAUCGAGAUCUAUAUACCAGAGGCCCAAACGCGGCUCUGAGAAUCACAGGGAACACCUUUAUCACACCAUCACCAUCAUCACUCUCAGUGGCACAGCCUGAUCCUACGAAAUACCACGAUACAUUCAUCAAACAAAUCAUCUGAAACAAAAGAGUUUCAUUCCUGUCAGAAGGGUUUUGUACCUUUCAGAACUGCCUGUAACAUCCAUAUGAAGUUCUCCCUGUUUAGGGAGACAUACUUCACCAAAAUUGCACAACAUAUCGCAAUUGUAGACCCACUUUAUGUUGCCUGACCAAUCAAAACUUUACAUAUAAGCUUUAAUCACAGUCAAUCUGAUGAAAUAUCUGAGUGUCUUUAUGACAUCUGUUGAGCACUUUCAAAAUAUAAAAAUUGACAUUUUUGAGGCCUCAAAUUUAAACAAUUCAUUGGUUUUCAUUACAUUAAAAACCCUGAAAAUAAGUAUUUAGUUCUGGUUCCAUCUGGUUCCAUUCUUUUAAGUUCUCUAGCUUUGUAUUUCCAUUCUUACAAUUCAUUUAUCUCUCUCUUUGUCUUUGUUUUUGUGUUUUCCUUUCUUCUCUUUCUUUCUGUCUCGCUCCACAGUGAAGUAAUUCCUAUUUUUCUCAUGAACUCUCUUGUGAGCAUUUAUGUAAGUGCCAGUGUUGAAAUACCUCAAUCAUACAUUUUAGCCUGAAUCCGUUGGCCAGAGCGGACAGUCAUAGCCUUUUAAAAAAACGUUGUUGUUCGGGAAAAUGUAAAUCUCAGCUUGAGGGUUCACAUUGGCGGAUUGAAGAUGAGUUUAUAUUCAUUCACCUACUUACUGAUAUCAAAUAUACAGCUGUCACAUUGCUUCAUACUUGAUGUUAUUUUAGAGGAAUUGUAGUAGGUUUUUGGGUGCAGUUGCUUAAAAACCUUAAUUCAACGAUGUAAAGGUUCAAAAAUGCAUUCUUGCACUUUCUUCUUCUAAAUGUAUGUUUGUAUGUAUUUCCAAGGGAAAUGAAGUUCUAAAAGAUAUCGUUGCAGUUGAAUUGCAAGGUAUUGUGUGACUAUCGAUUUAUCAUUUCAUGUCUCUGAAUGUUUCAUUCCUUCAGCCUCACCUAGUCAUUUAUCAGUUUUAUUUAUUUUUAUUGAACCAUUUUCCACUCCAUCUGCUGUUAUCAAGCAUCUGGCCCAUGUUCUCCACAAAAAAGAAAGAAAAAAAACAGCUUUUUACGUCUUUUCUGUGUGUCUUGACAAAGAGAAUCAAUGAUUCUGUCUCGAAUGAAGGAGACUUUGGGUGUUCCCAUUAUUAUCUAGAUGACUUGGCGGAUGGUGAUAGAUUUAGGGCUGCAUGCAGUCCAUAUACCACACAUCUGUGAGAACGGAACGUGCAGAAUGAUUUAACUAUACAAUCAAACUGUUCUUGAGUCUAUUUGAUGGCAUUUGUCCGAACAGGCAGUACACAGAACGGUUUAUUAUAGUAGAUUAUCAAAACCCAAAAAGUCAGUGUUGUUUUAGAUUGUUAUACAAUCAUAAUUUUUUUUUUUUUAAAUGCAUGCUUCAUUAAGAAUAUAUCACUGAAGGGACCCACGUUCUGUUCCAGAGAGAGAUUUCAGCUUAAACAUGCAGCAGUCCAGCUCUAACACUUCAGAUAAAAGAGUUUGAUGUUUUGUUAAUAGGAAGCAUAAAUGCAUGACCACUUAUGUUGACUCUCACGGCCACUGAAGUAUCACUGCCGACAGUCUCAAAAACCUUCACAAAGACUUACUUUAUACCAUAUUAUUUAAAAAUGCCAUAUUUUAUCCACUUUUAUCCCUAUCUAUCAUACAAGGUCACGUUUAAUUUCAAAAGUCUAACUAUUUCGCCACGUUCUGUUGAGACUGCCCUGUUUUUGCCUCUGCAUCAUUGAAGGAGAGGAAGCCAGAGAUUAGAGGAGAUUAGUUUUGUCACUUCCACUUGACUUCCUUGUAGCUUUAUAUUCUCAAUUUCCUUCGUGAGAUGCCCUUGAGAAGAGCUUGUCGUUAGAAGCAAAUAUUUUCUUUUAAUUUCCCAGUGCUGUUUUUUUUUUUUUUUUUUUUGCUUAAGUCAUUGUUCAAACACAAUUACAGCAUUUCAUCUAAGAGAGGCUUGUAAUCGAUGAAACUGGCUUCAAGCUAGAGGAAAUUUUGUGGGUAUUUUUUCAAAACAGCAUUUCUGCUGUAAAUUGUGCCUAAAGUCACAAUACAGAACAAGUUCUGGGCAAUUUAUAGUUUUGUAUUGCUAGUCGUGGGCUUCAGGGUUUACAGAAAUCCACAGGUCAUUACUGACACCCUCCUGGCCUUACCAACUAGUCAGACUGUUGAAAAAUAUCAAAUAAAUACACACUCGAUGGGUAACAUUUUACAGUAAGGUCUCAUUUGUUAACAUUAGUUAAUGCAUUGAUUAACCUGAACUAACAAUGAACAAUAUAUUUUUUGCAGAAUUAAUCUUUGUUAAUGUUAAUAAAAUAAUGAAGUCGUUCAUUGUUUGUUCAUGUUAACUGGAACAUUUUUGUAAGUGCUACCAGCUGAUUAUGUGAUAUUCAUUUUUAAUUAUGGCAAAUUUAAAUAUUUAUAAUGAACAUUAUUUUAAUCAAGUUUUGUUUAUACGUUUCCCCCUCCCACAUGGCAAAGAUGUGUUUGUGACUAUGCGGUCCUGAAAUGUGGCAGCUGUUCUUUCUGAUUAACCUGCUUAAUUAUCAAUAUGCAAACAUGCCAGUAAUGCAGGCAGUGUUUAUGUGCCAAAUAUGUUUAUGUGCCACAGCUUUUGCUGUUCACAGACCUUCAUGCGCUUUGUCUUCCCCAUGCUUCAUCAUAUCAUUUCAACAUGACAUCUAAACAAACAUCUGGAAGAACAAAUGCUCUUGCCAACUUUUAGAAAAGUGGAAUCAGUUUUCAAAUGUUGAUUUGUUUGUAGGAUUGGCAUAUUCUUAUCAGCAGGGUUGCACUGAGUUUUUUUUUUUUUUUUUUACAUAUGCUUUCAUAAACACCAUGUGCAUUUACUCUAUUCAUAUGUACAUUUAUUUCCAUCAAAAUAAAUCAUUGCAAAAGAAAUGAUUAAUUGAAAAUGGUUAACCCUCCGGACCACAGUAUUUGAAAACAGCCAGCAGGCCGCUGGUACCUGUGCAGACACAGAUGCGCCUGUUAGCUUCAUCUUGGGACUGGAUUAAUCCUGGAUCUCAGAAUGUGAAAAGAUUAUACAAUUUUAGUGAAAUGAAAAAAUUAAAAAGGUAGUUGUUUAGCUGAGAAUAUUUUAAUUUAAUAUACUGUACCAUAUCUAUCUGAAAGGUGAAUAUAAUACCAAA